GAGCACGAGCACGAGCAGGGAAGGGGGAGGGGUGUCACGUAAUGGUUGAAUAGUGGCACCCCCUCCCGGGGCCUAGGCUGUGGUGGCCGGUUUGGUUGAGACGAGGCGCUAUUGUUUCGCUUCUCCGAGGGAGGUUCGAGCCGCUGCCGCCGGUGUCUCGGCCGCCAACCAGUACUGCUGCUGUGUUUUCAUUCUUUUUUUUCUCAAAAAAAUAUAUAAAUGUGUGUUUUACCCCCCCUUCCCCUCCUGUGUUUGAGUUAAUGCUAAACUGCAUGGAGCCACUGCAGCCCGUCUGAAAAAAAAUAUAUUUAUACCAUAAAUACACACAUUUAUAUUGUCUACCACAUUAACGCACAAUAGAGAACAAGAUGUAAGUUGUUUUUUGUGUUUUUUUUUGUGUUUGAGGGGAGAUCGAAAAGAGUGCAGUGAGUGAGUAAAAGCGAGUCUUUGCUCUUUUUUUUUCUUUUUUUCUCUCAAACUUUCGCACUCGCUCCAUCAAUGACUGAGCAGCGGCGGACCGGCUCUCCUUCCAGAUACUGAAUAACUUCCCCGAGGCAUUUUUUAUUUAUUUAUUAAUUUUUUUUGGUUAAAAAACACCCUCUUCUCUUCACACAACAAUGAAAAAGAUGGCAAAUUCGAUGGGGAAAAUGCAGCCUUCAGACCCGAGGAGAAAAAGGCAGGCGUUCCUGGAGGAGCUGCGGCAGUUUCACCACAACAGAGGGACGCCUUUUAAAAAGAUCCCUAUAGUGGCUGGAAAGGAGCUGGAUCUUCACGCUCUCUACACCAGAGUCACCAGCCUGGGAGGAUUCGCCAAGGUAACUGACAAGAACAAAUGGUCACAGAUAACGGAGGAGUUAAACUUUCCGAAAGGUUGCCCUAACGCAGCGUUUGCCUUAAAACAAUAUUACUUACGUUAUCUUGAAGCUUAUGAGAAAGUACAUCACUUUGGGGAAGAUGAUGACGAGGUUAGUUCAGGGAAUCAACGAGGACCUGUUCCUGUUGGUGGGGUACCUUCUUCAUACAGUUACCAGCAGCAUAUAUUGUCAGAUUAUAUUCGACAAAGCUAUGGACUUAAUACAGAGUUUGUCACACUUAGUGACUACAAUAAAUUGGUGCUUUCCCUUAUGUCUGGACUCCCUAAUGAAGUGGAUUUUGCAAUAAAUGUUUGCACUCUUCUCUCAAAUGGGAAUAAGCACAUCAUGCAACUUGAAAAGGACCCCAGAAUCACCACCAUUUUACUUGCACAUGCUGGAGUUUUUGAUGAUAAUUUGGGUACCUUGUCUUCUGUAUUUGGUGCAGAAUGGAAAGAAAAAACAGGCAGAGAUUUUGUUAAGUUCUGGAAAGAUAAUGUUGACGAUAAUGAAAUACGGGAGCUUAUUAUAUUUAGGAACAAUGGACCACAAGGUACGAGUAUAGAAAUUGAUAUGGAAUCAUCUUUAUUCCAUCCCCCUCAUAAAGUGGGCAUCAAUGAUGUUGAGGGGCAACGUGUACUUCAGAUAGCAGUAAUCCUUCGCAAUUUGUCAUUUGAGGAAGGAAAUGUGAAGCUAUUGGCAGCUCACCGUACGUGUGUGCGUUUCCUGUUGUUAUGUUCCCACUGUCAGUAUGCUUCUCUCAAGCAACUGGGGCUGGACACAUUGGGUAACGUAGCAGCUGAGCUUCAGUUGGAUCCUCUUGAUUUUAAAAGUACUCACCUAAUUUUUCAUACUGUAACUAAAUGUCUACUUUCCUGUGACAAGUGUUUGAAAAUAAGAGGAAUGGAAAUACUAGGAAAUCUAUGUAGAGCUGAAGAUAACGCAGACUUGAUAUGUGAAUAUGUGGAUCAGGACUCUUACAAGGAGAUUAUAUGUCAUCUAACUUUGCCUGAUAUGCUGCUGGUAAUCUCCUCAUUAGAGGUGCUGUACAUGCUUACUGAACUAGGAGAAGUACCCUGCACAAAGAUAGUUAGUGUGGAAAAAAGUGUGGAUAUGUUGGUGUGUCUUGUGUCGGUGGAUAUCCAGUCAUUUGAGUCUGAUGCAGUGAAAUUAAUUGAAUAUCAAAGUUCUAACCAUCAAGUGAUCUCCGAAAUCAGACCACAAGCUAUGGAGCAUUUGCAACAUGGACUAGCUCAUGGCGUGACAGCUUCAGCAAUAAGAGUUGGCUCUACAUUGGCAACCCCACCAGGAAUAGAAGUAGACAGUGAAAAGUUUGGCUGUCAGUGGUUAAACGCACAUUUUGAGACAUCCUUGGAAGGCUCAAUUUCACGACUGGAUCUCUAUUCUGAAUAUCUUUCUGUGUGCAGUAAAUUAGCUCGGGGUGGAAUUCUGACAUCAACAGGUUUUAAUAAGUGUCUGAGGACUCUAUUUCCAACCUGUAUAGUAAAACGAAUUGAAGAUCCCAAUAACAGCGGGCAAGCACAAAUACACAUAGUAGGUAUCCAAAGAAGGGCUAUACCACUUCCCAUGCAGUCACACUACCAACAAUCACCAACUGCUCCCUCCAUUACGGCAGAGAUAACACAGAAUCCAGCUCCCUCAGGACAGGCAAUGGUAAGUCACUUUCAAAGGAUACCUGCAGGAAACCUUUGUGCUAAUCAGCCAGGAUCUCCAAUGAUCUACACAUUUCAACAAAGUAUUCCAACUCACAAUGUUACCAAGUCAUCACAAGAUCAAACUAGCUUGGCACAACCACACCAAAAUACUGCAGCGACUUUUGUACAAAGCAGAACUCCAGUUACGAGUGAGACAGUAAAGUGUACAGUUGUCCAGUCUCCAACAUUUAGCACUCAUUCUGGAGUUACAGUUCCAUAUUCAUUAACCGGAACCAACAUACCGCCUGGAACAGUGAUCCAAAAUCACGCCACCACAACAACACAGUCAUCAGUUAAAAUCACAUCUUCUCAGCAAAUGCUUCACCAUCCACAGGUCUUUCAACAGCAGCUUCCUGGUCACCAGCUCUCCAUGCCAGCUGUAUCUUCUAAUCAGGUGAAUACCUCUGCAGCAACAACGGUUACUGUAUUACAGCAGGCUGCUUCUCAUACCCAUGCAGGAAUUGGCAGAGUUCAAAGUACACCAGCAGCCACUGUCACUGUUUCCCAAGGACAGCUGUUAUCGGGUGCAGUAUUGCACUCUGUACAGACACCACGUCACCAGCCAAAAACAACCAGUCAGCAAGACACAGUUCUUUUGGCACCGCAGCACUAUUCCUCUACUUCAAGUCCCAUUGUAUCUGGUGCUGCCGUGCAAAAUUUUCAAGUCUCACCAGGUCAAGUAGUUGCAAUCGCUGGUGUUCAAAGCCCUCCAACUCCUAGGAUGAGUUUCCAGAAUAUAGCACCAAAACCAGCAGGAAUGCCACCACAGCAAGUUCAGUCUACCAUAAUACAACAGCAACCCCAGCAGAGUGUACAUGUGAUUGUUAGUCAGCCAGCUCAACAGGGGCAGAGCUUUGCCCCUGCCAUUCAUCAGAUAUUGUUAACAAAUCCAGCUACUAUUCAAGCCAGCCAAACUCUUCAUUUGGCUGGAAAGGCAAAUGUGACCCCUUCGACCUCGCCAUCCUCUGUACCUGUCAACAAUGCACAGGUACAAGUGGGCUUAGUUACUCAACCAUCCACCCCUCAAAUACAGGGGCCUCAAACAGUGAGUAAGAUGCUAUCUGUGAAACGGCAGCAGCAGCAACAACAGCAUCCUCAAAAGCAGUUCCAGGUGCAGAUUCAGUCCCAGCAGGCCACUACUGCAGUUAGUCAGCCUCCCUCUGGGGAGUCCAGUUUAAUAAAACAAUUACUUCUUCCCAAAAGAGGUCCUCCUACUCCAGGUGGUAAACUCAUAUUGCCUGCUCCUCAAAUGCCUCUCCCUUCUAAUACCAGAGCUCCUAGUCCUCAGGUGGUCUACCAAGUAACUCCUAAUCAGGCAAAUAAUUUUGGAGUUCAACCCCAAAGUCAACAAUUGGUUGUUGGCCACCAAAAUGUGCAGCUUGUUCAAGGUCCCAUCCAUUCACAGGGAUCAGUGCAGACAGUGCCCAUCCCUCAUAUGCAGAUUUUACCCGGUCAAUUGAUCUCUGCGAGUAACACUACUGCUCUUCUCCAGGGAACAACCGGCAACCAAGUUACUAUUACUGUUGUGCCAAAUACCACCUUCACUGCUGCAGCUGGGAAUCAUGGCAGCGGAACACAGAUUAUUGCACCUGCAGGAAUUGCUGUCAGUGCAUCACAUACAGGAGUUGGUCUCCAAGUGCAAACAUCUCCACCUAUGUUGACACCGCAGAGUGAACAGAUAAAAAGCUCAGAAUCUGGGAUUGCAUUCACAGGUGACAAAAUUAUUUGUCAGAAGGAGGAAGAAGCAAAAGAUACAACAGAUUUACAUCUGCAUGAACGUAAAAUUGAAAUUAUGGAAAAUCCUUCCUGUUCAGAGAGUGGGACUGCUACAUCCAAUGGUGAGUUAAAGGAAAGCAAAAUGCAGGCAACAAAACUUGUAAAUGGGAAAAAACAUGAUAAUCCGCAUCUACCUCCAUCCAACUCAGGGAAUGUUCAGUCUGAGCCCAUCCAGUGCACAAUGGCCUCAAACGGACCUUUGACAGGAGUAAGUCAAAAUGUAACUAAUGGGAAGCUGAAUGUAGAGUAUGCAGGAGUGCAGGAAAUUAAGAAAGAUCUUUUGAAAAUGCCUAUGGUUAAUGGGAUCUGUGAUUUUGAAAAAGGAGAUGGUUCACACUUGAGCAAAAGCAUUCCGAAUCAUAGAGCUUCCAACCAUGUGGAAAAUGGCGAUUUUGCUGCAAAGGAGCAAUGGUGCAAAAUGGAUUGUAAUCAGCAAAACACUGCCAAAAGUGGUCAGUUGACCAAAGUGCACAAUGGACCUGUUUCAGUAGGAAAUUCAAGUGCUAACUGUACAGUCAUUUCAAGCUCUGUUGACCAGCAAAUUAGUGACACACACUCAGGAUUAUCCAAUGGACCUAUGACAGCUGGCAUUUGUUCAGCGGUGCCCCCGCUUCAGUGCUCAACUUCAGCUGUUUCUGUGCAGUCUUUGCUUCCUCAUGCUCCCCAGGUGCAUUGCCCACCAGUUCUGCACCAACCUGGGCCUGUAGCUGUACAUUCAGUUCAACUAUAUCAGACUCCAACAACCAAUGGUUCAACUGAUUGUCAACUUUUAAAAAGGCCAGCUGAUUGCAAAGAUAAUACAUCAGGAAUACCAAAUAAAGUGGGAGUAAGGAUUGUUACCAUCAGUGAUCCCAAUAAUGCUGGCUGCAGUUCAACAAUGGUGGCUGUGCCAGUAGGAUCUGAUUCCAGUACAAUAGCCAAAGUAACAAUGGAUAAUGUGUCACAGCAAAAUCAGCAUUUGCCUGUUAUUUCACAGGGCAUGGUUAAUCAGUCCCCACCUUUAGCACCACCACCAGCAACGCAGCAGAUCAAUUCUCAAUCUCUUCAACAUCAAGUUCAAACGUUGCACCAACACGGCGAGCUGACAAGAAAACCUGGACAGAAUUUCAUGUGCCUGUGGCAAGCAUGCAGAAGGUGGUUUGAAUCUCCAUCUCAAGUAUACUACCACGCAGCAACUGAGCAUGGAGGGAAAGAUGUAUAUCCAGGGGCAUGCAUGUGGGAAGCUUGUGAACAUUUUCCACGGCAGAGAUUCUCCUUCAUUACUCACUUACAAGAUAAACACUGCACAAAAGAAGCACUCCUUACAGGACUGAAGAAGCUUGAAGAGCAAGCACAAGGUGGAAACCAACAAACUUCCAAUAAGCAGACACCAGCUGGAGCUACUUCCGUUGCUAAAGCACCGAAGACUAUUGUGAAUCAUCCCAGUGCUGCAUUAGUGGCAUUGCGGCGGGGAUCUAGGAACCUUGCAUUUAGAGGUUAUAUGGAUGAAAAGGAAGGCCCAAUAACAAAACACAUCCGGUUGACAGCUGCCUUAAUUUUAAAAAAUGUUGCUAAGUAUUCAGAUUGCGGUCGCAGAUUACUAAAGGGACAUGAGAACCAAUUGUCUGUACUAGCCCUUAGCAACAUGGAAGCUUCUAGCACUCUUGCCAAAUGCCUUUUCGAACUUGUACGUCUAGAACAAUUACAACAACCAGAAAAUAAACUCUGAAACAGUGUGUUGACGUUACAUAUGCGGCCAGUGUGUACAGUAUUCUAAAAUGACCUGUAAAUGACUUUCAGAACAAAGCAACAAGUCACGUUGAGAAGAGGCCAUUACGGACAUAAUUUCUUUAAAUCUUUUUCCAUGUUGCACAGAAGCUUUUCAUUCUGAUCACAAACUGAUUCUGUGGUUGACCAGCUUUUAAUAGGAUUACCAAUCGUCUGUUCGGAAUCCAGUACCUUUUUUAAAAAAAUGUUUGCAAGUAGUAAAUACUAAAAAUUGGGAGACUACAAGGAUCAAAUAAUAGCAUUAAUUAUUUUUGCCCUGUACCCCCCAUGAGGACAUUUUUAUAUUUUGUAAUGAGUGACUAAAACUGGGGUUUAAUAGAACAGAAGUUGACGCACUGGAUGUAAUCUCUGCCAUCCAAGAGGUCGCAGCUUAUUUCUAGUGAAGUUGUUUUCCUGUUUAGAAUUCAGUAGCUUGUUUUCUUUUCAUACUUGAGCCAAUAUAUUUUCACUUAUUUAUUAUCACAUGAUCAUUUGUAAAUAUUUGUGAAUAAAAUAAACCAACUUUCAUGCCACUGCAAUCACUGGAAACACAGCUUGUGGUAAUAUAUUAGCAUUAUUGUUAGGUUAUAGAACUCUUUAUUUUUUAGUGUUUCCUGUUAAUUGUAAGUAAUUGUGAUAUAUUCUCUGCAGUGGAUGAAUGUUCUUUAAGUUUGUGUAAAUAAUUCUGCAAUGGUACUGAAGCUGUAAAGUCAAAAGCAGUUUUGUGGAACUGAUUUUUUUGUAUUAUACACCUUGUAGAACUCAUUUGCUGGUUGAAAGAGUAUGGAAUAAUAUAUCUCAUGUCAUUUUGUAGAAGAAAACUAUUGAAGGUAUUUUUGGUUUACCCUAACUUGGACCCACUGAAAGGUAUCACUUAGUACAAGUGUAGUGCUUGUACAGGAUUUUUUGUAUUUGUAAAUUGUUUAAAUAUAAGGAAUUUUAUACAGGUUUUUCUCCCUGUUAUAUUUACAUUAGGUGCAGGUAUGGUAUUUUCUUCAUUAUUCAUAACAUUUAUUUUCCAAUCCAAUUAUAGUGCAGUAUUUUAGUGUUUGUUCUUCCAUCUUUAAUAUUGUACCAUUCUACAUUCCUGUUUUGUCUCUGGGUUAUGUCCUGAAUGGUGUGUUAUGUGAUCUUUCAUAACUGCCUAUUGCCUGAUGUAUUAGCAUCCAGAGGAGGGAACACUCCUUUCCCAUUUCCUGCUUUGUCUGUAGAAUGUGCAGUAAUAACACACAGCAGUUUUACAUUAGAUGACUUCAAUUACUUUGGUGACUGUUUAUAGUUUUAAAUAAAAGAGGCUGGACAUUU